AUGUCAGAGAUUUCUAUUCAUAUUCGACAUUGCAUUUUGUAUGAGUUCCAACUGGGGAACAAUGCAAGUGCUGCUGUGCACAAUAUAUGUGCUGCACUUGGUGAAGGUGUUGUUGCUGAUCGCACUUGUCGAGAUUGGUUUAAAAGAUUUCGGGAAGGUGAUAUGUCAUUGGAAGAUCGUCCAAGGUCUGGACGUCCUCUGGAAAUUGAUAUUGAACAAUUAAAAGUCCUGAUCGAAGACAAUCCACGAUUAACUACCAGUGAAUUAUCAGCUAUGCUUCUAUGCGAUCACUCCACCAUCGAUCGGCAUUUACAUGAAAUUGGAAAAGUUAGUAAACUUGAAACAUGGAUUCCACAUCAACUAAGCUCGGACAAUAUACAGCAAAGAAUCACCAUAUGCAAUUCUUUGUUGUCAAAACGCAACCGACACAAGUUUCUUCAACAGAUUGUCACUGGUGAUGAAAAGUGGGUCCUGUAUGUCAACCAUACACGCAAGCGUCAAUGGGUCAAUCCUGAAGAUUUGCCUGAACCUGAACCAAAAAACGACCUGCAUCCGAAAAAAAUUAUGCUGUCGAUCUGGUGGGAUUUCGAAGGUAUUAUCUACUGGGAACUUCUAUCACCUAAUACCACGGUCGAUUCGAAGCUUUACUGCAAACAACUUGAGAAUUUGAAAAUUGCACUACAAGGAAAUCGUCCAGAAAGACGAAAAGUUCGAUUGCUUCAUGAUAAUGCAAAACCUCAUUUCUCAAAAGUUACUCGCCAGAAGCUGGAAGAAUUAGGGUGGGAGGUCUUACCUCAUCCACCAUAUUCACCAGAUCUGGCACCUUCUGAUUAUCAUCUGUUCCGGUCGCUCCGCAAUCACCUGGUGAAAAAGCAUUUUGAUGAUCGACUACAUCUAAAAUCGGACCUCGAGAGUUUCUUUUCGUCUUUAUCAAAGAAAUUCUUUAAAGAUGGCAUUCUCGAUUUGCCUAAAAGAUGGGAGUAUGUCAUAGACAAUAAUGGUAUAUAUAUGUUGUCGAUUAGUGACGUUUUGUUUCAAUAAAAUCAUGAAACAUUGAAAAGAAAAAAAAUCGGCGGAGACUUUUGCACCAACCCGAUACGAUAAAUUAUAAGGUCCUAAUAUUCUCAAACAUAAAAGUGCUGCAUUAGAGUUUUCAUCACAAAUUAUCAACUGAUCAGUAUAUGAGCUAAUUGAAACUCAUUCUAUGACAAGCAAUACAACAUUAUUAAUUAUGAGCUACAUAAUCCAAUUAGAAACACUAGCCAAGUCAGAAGAGAGUAAUAUUUUCAGUUAAUAUAUAUUCGACAAAUGCAUGUGGCAUAUACAGAACGGAUAUCAUAUGCUUAGUAAUUGAUUGUUAGUCUUAAUCAAAUUGGAGAGAUAAGAAAGCAAAAGGAAGAAAAGAAAAAUUUAAGUCAAGAAAUAAAAGAAAAAAUUCAGAGAAGAGAAAGGAAAAACGAAUAACGUUAGAGAAGGACAGAAGAGAAAAUAAAUUCGUUCCGCACAUUCAUUCAUUCAUUCGAUGAAGAUUGCUCAAUAAGUAAACAUCACUUCUGCGAGCGAUGUGAAUGCACACAAAGAUAAGAUACAUGAAUGAUAUCUGAAUUUAAUCUAAAAUACUAUUCAGAUUACGAAGAAAUUCACACAUUUACUCUAUACGAAUUGUGAAUAAGGAUUCUCAUUGACCGUUGGUCGAGCUUAGAAAACAUGAGCAAAAAGAUUCAGAUAACUCUAAUAGAAGAAGCCUUCAGAAUUGAACGAUGUAGAGGAUUUAGUUUCACCUUAUGUUCUGCGUUUAUUUUUGCUUUUUCUUAGGAUAGUAUUUGUG